GGGAGUGAGAGAGAGAGGGAGAGAGAGAUCGAGGGAGAGAGAGAGAGGGAGAGAGAGAGGUGGGAGUGAGAGAGAGAGGGAGAGAGAGAGGGAGAGAGAGAGAGAGAGAGAGAAAUGGCGCCUCGACGCUGCGCUCACUGAGGCAGUGUCUGGAGCCGGUGAGGGAGAUCCAGUGAGGGCAGUGACAGAAAGACAAUAACAAAAUCAAAUAAAACCAUGGUGAACACACGGAAAAGCUCCCGGUCGAGGAGCGGCCCCUUCAUCUCCUCGCGGACUAGGUCGUCGUCGAGAAACUCGGAGGAACAUAAGGAGCCCAGUAGUGAUGUGAGCAGUCCCAGUAGCCCACGGCUGACUCCCCCUUCCAAGCGGACACGGCGGCAGAUGGCCUCCGAACCCAGCUCCAGCGAUACCUCCCCAUCCCCUCAAACUAUGGGCCAGAGGGUCAGCUGGGACAUUCCCACCUAUCGCACCAGGCUGUCUUCUCGCAUAAUGCAAAACGGGCACGCCCAUAUGAGUCAUCGGAAUGAGGAGGUCGGAGGUGGAGAUCACUCUCGUAUGAAUGGCCACGUGGAGCUGAAGAGGAGCUGCCGGGUGAAGAAAAGCCAAUUUGAACACCUCAACCAGAGCCUGCUGUUUGACCAGCUGGUCAACAGCACUGCUGAGGCUGUCCUUCAGGAAAUGGACAACAUCAGCAGCAUCAGGCAGAACCGUGAGGUGGAGCGACUUCGCAUGUGGACCGUAGACACAGUGGAGGAAAACAUGGACAUGUACUCCCGGGUGAAGCGCAGGAAAUCCAUGCGCAGGAGCACUUACAGCAUGCCAGCACACCACAAAGUCCUGAGCAAAACAGAGCAGGAGGACGAGGAGGAAGAAGGGACAGGAGAAUCUCACGGCGAGGAAGAGGAGGACGAUGCAGAGGAUGACGAUGAAGACGAUGAAGGGGAUGAAGCGGAGGAGGCGGGAGAGGAAAAUGACCGACCGUACAACCUGAGGCAGCGCAAGACUGUGCAGAGAUAUGAGGCCCCACCCAUUGAGCCAGUCAACAGAAAACAGAGCAACCCCUCCCUUUUCGACACCCACAGAUCCCCUGCAAGAAGAAGCCAUAUAAGAGUGAAGAAACACGCCAUACACAGCAGCGACACCACCUCGUCAUCUGAUGAAGAGCGGUUUGAGCGGCGAAAAAGCAAAAGCAUGACCCGGGCCAGAAACAGAUGUUUGCCCAUGAACUUAACUGCAGAGGACCUGGCGAGUGGGGUUUUGCGCGACAGGGUGAAAGUGGGCGCCAGCUUGGCUGACGUUGAUCCCAUGAACCUUGACAGCUCCGUGAAGUUUGACAACGUGGGUGGCCUCAGUAAUCACAUCCAGUCACUAAAAGAGAUGGUAGUGUUCCCUUUGCUUUACCCUGAGAUCUUUGAGAAAUUCAAGAUUCAGCCUCCCAGAGGCUGUUUGUUCUACGGCCCUCCAGGGACAGGAAAGACCCUGGUCGCACGGGCGCUUGCCAACGAGUGUAGCCAGGGAGACAGGAAGGUUUCCUUCUUCAUGAGGAAAGGAGCCGACUGCCUCAGCAAAUGGGUCGGUGAAUCAGAACGCCAGCUACGCCUGCUCUUUGACCAGGCUUACUUGAUGAGGCCAUCCAUUAUUUUCUUUGAUGAGAUCGAUGGUUUGGCUCCUGUUCGCUCCAGCAGGCAAGACCAGAUACACAGUUCUAUUGUGUCCACACUACUGGCCUUGAUGGACGGCUUGGACAGUCGCGGGGAGAUAGUGGUCAUCGGUGCUACAAACAGACUUGACUCUAUCGACCCGGCACUCAGGAGGCCUGGACGCUUUGACCGGGAGUUUCUGUUCAACCUGCCUGGCAAGAAGGCCAGAAAGCACAUCUUGGAGAUCCACACACGGGACUGGAUUCCCAAAUUGGCUGAGCCAUUUGUAGAUGAACUUGCAGAAAAAUGUGUCGGCUACUGCGGUGCUGACAUCAAAGCACUUUGCACAGAGGCAGCCUUGGUGGCGCUGCGUCGCCGCUACCCCCAGAUCUACGGCAGCAGCGUCAAACUGAAGCUGGACAUUACCGCCAUCGUGCUGGGGCCUGGCGACUUCAGCAAGGCCAUGAGCACAAUCGUCCCAGCCUCCCAGCGGGCCCUGGCUCCCCCAGGCCGAGCCCUGUCCCCCACCCUCCGGCCACUACUGGCCAGCUCUUUCUCCUUGGUGCUGAAAUCUCUUCUUCGAGUCUUCCCCCAUGCUCAGUGCACUGACAGGGACAACACUCACGGCGGUGACAAUCAACUGCUUGAAGAGGACUUGUACAGCGACGGUGACAAUGAGGAAGGCUCUGCUUCUAUCUAUGAAGUUGAGCCUGCCGCAUCCCCAAAGAGUCAGCUCUCUUCUUCUGCAGUGCACAGACCCUUCCUCCAUUUCUCUAUCUCUGCCCUCCAACAGCCCACAGCAUACCGGCCUCGUCUGCUGUUGGCUGGGCCCUCCGGCUCAGGACAGAGCUGCCACUUGGCCCCUGCCUUGCUGCACCAUCUGGACAAGUUGCCAGUCCAUCGCCUGGACUUACCCACUCUAUACUCUGUCAGUGCUAAAACACCGGAGGAGUCCUGUGCUCAGGUAUUCCGAGAGGCCUGCCGGAGUGUACCCAGUGUUGUGUUCAUGCCACAUAUCUCUGAAUGGUGGGAGACGGUGGGUGACACAGUGAAGAGCACAUUCCUCUCCCUGCUGCAGGAUGUGCCCUCGUUCAGCCCGGUCCUUAUCCUCGCCACGGCGGAGACUUACUACUCACAGCUGUCGGAAGAGGUGAGGAGUAUAUUCCAGAAGACCUAUGGGGAGGUGGUAACACUGUGCGCUCCAGGAGAAGAGGACAGGAGGGGCUUCUUCUCGAACCUGCUGCUAGUCCAAGCGGCCAGGGCUCCACCACGCCUCAGGAAUACAGAGAGGUGUGAGGAGGCACUGCCGGUGGCAGAGGCUCCAGGCCCCAGAGUGCUGUCUGCAGAGGAACAGCACCGUCUGGCUGAACAGGAGGAGAACACAUUACGGGAGCUCAGGCUCUUUCUCAGGGAUGUAACCAAACGCCUGGCCACUGACAAACGUUUUAACAUCUUCAGCAAGCCCGUUGACAUCGAGGAGGUGUCAGACUACCUUGAAGUGAUUCGGAAGCCCAUGGACCUGUCGACUGUCAUGACCAAGAUUGACACCCACAAGUACCUGACGGUGAAAGAGUUCCUGGUGGAUAUUGACCUCAUCUGCAGCAAUGCUUUAGAAUACAAUCCUGACAAGGACCCCGGAGACAAGGUGAUCAGGCACCGAGCGUCCAGUCUAAAGGACACAGCCCAUGCUAUAUUUGCCGCCGAACUCGACCCCGAGUUUGACCGCAUGUGCGAAGAGAUCAAGGAGGCGCGCAGGAAGAGGGACCUCCUGACGCCAGCACAGCAGACGGCAGCUCCCGGCUCCGUGGCAACCAGGAAGCACCACCACACCGCCGGAGAGGAGCAGGCCAGGAGCAGCACUCAGAGCGAGGCCACUGACAAACAGUGCACCACCAAUCAUAUCAAGCGGAAGGUUCGCCGGCGGCCCUCUUGGGGGCGGGGCAUCAUCCGUAAAAAGAAGAACUACAAGAAAGGACUGGAAGAGGAGGAGGAGGAUGAGCCUGAGGCGGAAGUGGAGGCUGCAGGACCCAGUGACUCGUGUUUGACGCUGGAUGAGGAAUCCUCUUGUGAUAUCACAGGUCCCCAACCCAAUGGCCACCAUCCUCAUGCCCUCUCCACAGAGGAGGAGAGCUCCAAUGAGCCUCCUGUUGCAGCUCCUGCUGAACCGCCAGAGGCCAAUGACGCAACAGAUGAACCAACAUAUAAAGGGGAGGAGUCCAAAGCCAAACGCGGAGAGUCUGAGAAAAAAGUUGAGCUGCAUUUCCUUGGCAGAAGUUCUCAUCCCAAUGUGGACGGAGAUAGCAAGACCAGCCAGGUUGACUUCCAGCCUUUGACAGAAACGUCUGAGUCCUCAGAUGCUGAGGCCCAGCCCAAGCACGCGGAGGAUCUCCUCGUAUCACAAGUUGACUGUGUGAACGGAAACGAGUCAAUGGAAAGCUUGGACCUGCAGAGCCCCGAGAUGAGCAGUGAGGCUGAGAACAGGACUCCACAGAGCACGGUGGAAGGCUCUAACACGCCAGAGCGGGAAGAGCACAAAAACAAACAUGAGAACCAUCCAACUCAGGAUCAGCCUCCCCAGGACGGGACGGCCGUAACUGAAGGUGCUGAGGAAGAUCUAGACAAAGAAGGGGAUUCCAAUGUAAUGGAAUGCAAGAGGAGCCCAUCAGAGCAACUGACUGCUGAAAUGGCCGAGGAAGAGCCUCAACCAGUCCCUCAGCAUCCGCCAGUAGUGGUCGACCACCAGCAACUUACGGUGCUACUGGACAUGGUGGUGAAGAAGAGCGAGGGCUACAAUGUGGAACAGCUGGAGAGACUGUACUCCGUUCUCAGCCAGUGUAUCUACCAGUACCGCAGAGAGUACGACAAGACCCAGCUACUGGAGAACCCCAUCUGGUCAUCUGCUGCUGCUGGAAGAUGUCAGAGCUGAGACAGCAGGGCCAGGAAUGGCAGUGUCCUGGUGCCGGUAGCCAGAGCUGGCUGUCAGGAUGUCAGAGAGAGGAAGAGAGAGAGAGAGAGAGAGCAGUCAGCCAGGUGGUGCCGCCUGUCUGCAGGCCGGCUGGUGGAGGACGGGAGGGUGCGCGUCUGGGCUCGUCUCCGACUGCCAGCCUAAAUUGGUGCUCCCAGAGCGGAAAUGUCAGCUCGUUUGGCACGUGCUUUGUUUGCCUGCGCUUUCCAACACCCAUCACGACUACGUGGCGGGUCGUCUCUUUGAUUCUCCCCAGAGAAUUCAAAAAACAAAACACGGGCACACACACAGACGUAUGCGGGAGGCGGAAGCUAUAUCCACUUAAUGUUGCACUGUAGCGGUGUGCUGUAGUGCCGGGUAAAAUGGAGCGUGUCCAUACAUUUGUCUCCUUUACUCUGCCCCCGUCCUCCGCUGGGUAUGGCUUGUCUCAGUCUUGUGGAGGAGCUGACCUUUCAGCAGAUGGAGUGGACUGCACCGUGCCUCCGGUUAAGGCCAGAGGGACCGGCUCCGCUCUCUAACACAAUAACACGCCAGCCAUCCUCCCAUCUACAAAUUGGCGUUCAAAUCACCCAAGGCUCAGUAAUACAUUUUUACUCUCUCUCAGAAUGCAAUUAAAGACUUUGUAGGAGCCUUUGACCUGUCACCUGGAUCUGUGUGAUGCCAGGGCGCUUUGCCACUGGCUGAGUUAGCUGAAUAUCAUAAGAGUCUGUUACCCCUUUCUGCUUAUUUGUGUUUUUAAUUUUAGCGUCUUGUUGAUUCCUGCAGUGAAAUGUAGAUGACCUGACUUUGACCUGACGGCUUGUUGAGAAAUUUGGAGCAUGUGUACUCUUUAAAUCAUGAAUAGUAAACAUCUGGCUUUGAAGCAAGUUCUUUUUGAGAGUUCUCAAGACACUUGGUACCAGUGUUGAACAGAUAUGUAAAGAGAAAAGCGUCACAAAGCAGACAAACAACACAGUUGUUGUCUUUUUUCAUCGUUGUGAUUCUGCUGUCAGUAGCUUGUGAGACAACACAUUCAUCCAGGCACAAUACACAAGAUUGUUUUCUUUUGACUCUUUUUCCUUUAUGAAAAAAAAACCCCUCCAAAAACUUUCAUUGUUGUUGUUCUUACUUUCCUAAUCUACACCUACAUGCCACAGAGAACCCCGCUCUCCCAGGGGCUGCAGAAAAUUUGAUCUGGGAAAUGAUGGAAAUCAGUAACUGGGGUGGAAAAAGAUAAGAUGGGUUCAAAGAGGGUGGGUACACCAAAGCAAUUUACGAUACCUUUGUCACGAACGGAUUGAACAUCACAAGCUGAUGACAUCUUAACAGCGUGGAGCACACGGCGCUGGAUUUCUCUUUUGAUGUGUGGUAUUGAUAGUUUCAUUGGGGGAAAAAAACUCCAUCUGUAAUUCUGGAACAUUUUUUUUUACUCAUUAUCCAUGCAAGAGCUUCCUGACAUGUUGGCAGACUUCCACCCAUGCUAGAGGAGGAGGACGGCGCACAGGAUAACUUUUAGUCAGGGCUUUCCACAGGACAUGGAGUAGACAGCCAGUGAAGAAACAGAAGCCAGCUAUGGGGGUUUCGGAGGAAUGCCCCCUUCAGUAAUGCCACUAUUCCCUCAUAUAUACUGAUCCUAAUUAUUGCACAUUUUAAUGUGUUUUCUGACUGUAAAAGAGAAUUGGGAAGUAGAAGAUUAGGAAUGAGCAUUCACUUUGUUAUAUUACUGCAAGAUUUGUUGCAUCUGCCAUUACAACUAAAUACUGUUUUUAGAGGAGCAACAGGAAUGUUCACAACCCCCAAAUCACUUUUAACUCAAAGAGAUGUCACUGGAAAAAUAUCAGAAAAAUAAAUAUUUUUGUUCAGAGAGAAAGAAGAACACAGGCAUGAGUCAGUAUCGGUCCUCUGUCGUCCUCCCUCUGCUGCGACUGCUGUGAUUCACCGUCUGCAGGUAUUGCUGGUAGAGAGAGGGGGGCUGGUUUGUCUCAGACAGUAGCUCACUUUACAAGAAUUCCCCACUUUCGGGGGCCAAACUAAGAUAAUCAGACUACAGACAGACAGCUUUUGUCUGAACUUCUCCAUAACAAUUCACUUCAGUAGUUUCACCCUCACGCUGUGGUUUUGUAGAACAUGCUGCCCAGACACUGCGGAUCAAACGGUGGACAAUAUGGUUUUUCUACAGGUUUGUUGAACAGGGGGUUUAAUAGAAGUUUUUAUCUGCCUGUUACUUUUUAUUGCACAGGCGGUAACGAGCGUAGUUGUUGUCAAGUCGAGUUAUCGUCACUCCACCUGGUUCACAGGUUUUUACCGUAGCCUCUCCUCUCCUCGCUCAGCGAGGGGCAUACAGCAGAAGACAAACGAGUCUUUGUAUAAAAUACAAAGCCAAAAUACACCCGAUUAUACUUAUCAAACACAGAAUUAGAAAUUAGGACCUUUAACUAAUAUAAGCCUGCCUCAAAUGAAGGCCUGUUACCUUCUGCAAGGAAAAUGAAGGGACCUGGUCACUAUUUGAUUAAAACCAGUUAUAAAGUAGGUGUCUAGACUUCAGGGAAUUUGGCUGGCAGCUACAGGGCUUAUGGAAAUCUCUCUGUUUUUUCUCCCAGACAGAGUAGGAUAGUGAGAGAUUGCUGCAGAGGCUUGUUAGAUUGUCUGCUGUGUUUUCUUCAGGAUGAGAAGGUGAUUGGUCUUCAGGCAGAUAGAGUCACGAUCACAGAGGUGCAAUGCGUCAAGCUGGCAACAAGUGUCGGCCCCGCCGUGACGCCGCCCGUUGGUUCGUGAACUGCCAUUUUAAAUGAGACCAUAAUUUACAAAAUGAACAUCAUGCUGUGUUGAAGAAGACUUGAAACUAGAGAUUGGGACCAUAAACUCCUCUGGUAAAUGUUUACUGACGUUAUAAAUCAAGUGAGAAGUAGGAUCUUUUACUCAUAGACUAUUCUAUUGAAACAUAUUUCUUUUUGCAACCAGGGAAGUCGCCCUCUGCUGGUCAUUCAGGAGAAUACAGGCUUCAGGCACUUCUGCAUUGGCUUCACUUUCUGUCCCUGGAGUCUAGGUCCAUUUUUUUUAUAGAGUGUAUGGUUGUGGCAAAGGGCUUAUUCGUGUGUUGUUGGUGUGAGGGUUUAAAGUGAAAGUCAGUUAAACAGAAAGGUGUUAAAAGCAUAGAAGUGUCUAAACGUUCUGUACCUGACGAACUGAAGCUUUUAAAGUUUUUAAGUUUUUAAAUCGGUGACUUUUGACAGGAAAGGAGGUGGGAGCGACCCAAUAAUGGAACCAUUCGGCUACUGGGUUGUUGCUCCCAGUGCAAAGUGUUUUAAUGGAUGUUAUAAAUGGUAUUAAAUGGAAUCACAUGAAGCGUGACAUCAUCCCUGUGACCCUUGCUAAACCUGUUCAGAACAAGCGUGUCGUGUAUGGUUGUCAUUAUAUCGUGAUGAUCCUUGAUGAACAUUUGGCCACCAUGCACUCUGUCUGGUUCAAGUCUCAGACUUGAGCACCAGUCCAACAUUUUAUUCGGGCAUGAGAGGGUUAUAAAUGGCAAGGAUAAUCAGAAGUUGGCUGUAAAAUGGCAUUGAAGUGAUCAAAAGAGUGAAAGAACAUGGUGUUCAGGACAACUUUUCAAUAAACCGGCUCAAAAAAACCAACCUUGAACACUUCUGAUUUCAGGGCUACAUGUAACAAUUAAGCUGAUUUUCAAUCUUAAUUCAUUUGGUUUGGUAAAUAAAAUAUCAGAAAAUGUUUCUUGCAUGUUUUGUCCAGUAGCUAAUGCGUCAAAAACAUUUAUUAUUAUAAGAUAUUAAGAAAACAGGCAAAUAUUUACAUUUAAGAAGCUGUAUGCAGCUGAUGUCUUUGAACUAUUGCAUUACAUUUACAUAAAAAACUUUCCCAUCAGAAAAAUAAACAAUUAAUCAACUACUCAUUUCAGUUUCAGCAAAACCUUUUCUGCCCUUUUCUCUCUUUUUGUUAGGUAAAUUAUUUUACAAUCACUUGCAGGAAGAUUUAUGUUAAAAUAACUGCGGCACUCAAAGAUCAGUGUUUUUGUGUUUCUUUGUGCUGAACAGGCCUUUGUAUUAUCUGCUAAUGGAUGAUAAUUAUGUAAACAGCUCUGACCUUCUCACUUAUGUUGCCAGGUUGGUGCAAAAGUUUUCAGUAAAGCAGGACUGUGUCUCCCUGGAAAAGUCCUCCCCCUCUCUCUUUUGCAAGUGUAAAAUUGUUGCCCCCCUGUGAAGUUGGUAUUUUUUAACUGUUGUAAAUGUCGAUUGGUAUCUCGUUGCGGCGUGUGUCGCACUGACUGAGCCAUACAGAUGAGGGAACACACACACACACACACACACACACACACACACACACACUGUAACGUCUUCAAGACAUUAAUCAUGGUCUAUUGCAGGCUAACAUCCAUCUCUCUUCCUCCGGCUCUGUUCAGAUUUAGUCAGUGUCAAACUCUGCUGUUUUCAUGCUGAGAAAAAUUGCCUGUCUCAUUCCAGCAC